AUGGAUGCCACCCUGGUGCGUGAAAAGGUUGUCGCACGGGUUCCAUGGAUGGAACUUGACUUAUCCGAUAACCGGUUCAGCACCUGGAUGGCUUGUGCUCGAGUCAUACGGGCGAGAAAUAGGGCUACUCAGAAACCCGGUUCGGUGUGGACCUCAGGAUCAGAUUUCCGCACACUCUUUCCCAUGUGCAAACCAAAGGAAGUGUUCAUCGAUCCUGUCAAUGUUGAAGGAGCUCUUCCACAGUCGUACACACCUGUAUUCAACGACUCUGUCUUCCGUGGUAUUGGAACGGACUCAGACUUUUCGCUCAAGGGCGAAGAGAUUCAUCUCGAGAAUGGCAGAUGGAACAUCAAGACACUGGAGGUAGCAUUUGGUAAUCAACACACACAUGUCAAGAAUAUCAAUGAAACUGGACGGGCUAUUGUCAACCCUGAAGAUGGAUACGAGGUCAUGACCUCAAAUGAAACGGUGAUCCAUUUAAGAUGCAACACGGGGGUUCUUCCUACUGAUAUCAUUGCUCACAGACCUACGAUAACCGAAACAUACACCUCCAGGUCAGACCUCUAUCAAGUGGCCAUCAGAUUGCCCUCAUUUGAUAACUUCUGUGUUCCAUUCGUUCACCUGCUUCCUAAUAAGUCUACCAAAGCUCUUGUAGGAGUUCAUGUCAAAUCUGGCAAUUCCGAGUCACUUUACAAGGAGGAGAAGACGUGGGUGUAUCUCAUUGACACCUUGGAUUUCACCAAAGUGACGUUGAUAACCGUGCUUCCAGCACGACCCAUACAAUGGAGUGAACUUCUACGUGAGAAUUGGCUUGAUGAAGUGAAUAGAAUGGCUCCUAAUCGCGACUUUGACGUUACCUACUACCAAGGUCUUUUGUAUAUUUACUGCAAUGGCCGUAUUGUGCCAUUAUGGACCGAUUGUGGCAUUGAAGAUGACGACAAUAUCACUCCAUUUGCGUCUCCACAGAACCAUAUGGCUGGCUACCAUCGCACCCGACUGAGGACGUGGUUCAACACCGGCAAGCCGGUUAUUUGUACCGUCUCAGGGUACUUGCCUGAUCCUCCAAACGAUAGUAGACUUGUUAGAGAGGGAAAAUACAUCACACUGAGUGGAACGGAAGGGAGAUUGGUGGGCGACCUGAAGACUGAUACUUCAUAUAUCGCUAGAGAUAGAUUGAAGAUGGGUUCCUUCUUGUUUCCAGGUGUUGAAAAUGGACAACCAAUGUUUUACCGAUGGAAAAGAAGCACCCUAUUAUCUGUCCUGGGACUGUUACGAGGCUCUGAACAAGACGGUAUAACAGAGAAGGUCAAACAGCUAUUCAAUGCCGAUGCACCGUCUAGCUGGAACGAAGAAAGCUGCUCAGAUAGAGAAGCCAGACUAGGAGUGUAUCGCAAUUGGGCAGCCAUAGCCCGUUCGGGAUUCAAGUUUAGUAUGAGAGACAUUUCCUUCAUGGCUCCAAACUUAUGCCUGAAGAGAAUGGAUCAUCAUGAGCAAUAA